AUGUUCCGGUUUCGUCGAUAUCGGCCGUUCAUCGUCAUCGCGGCGGUGUUCAUCUUGGCCUUCUUCUACUUCGCUCGCGCACCCGUGUGGUCUCCUGUGACUCCCGAGGAUCUUCGUAAACCUGUCGACAUUCCUCAGCCUCCGUCUUCUGAUACGAAGGAAGCAAUUCCUCUUAGUCCCCCUAAUUCUCCGCCGCCGCCGCCGCCACCUCCCGCUCACGAUCCUAUUCCCGAGCCGGCAUCAGAUAAGCCAGCAUGGACACCCGAUUUCAAAACCUCUCCUGAAAAGACUGAAGGCUCUCAAGAGAAGCCUACCGUUUCUCAAGGGGAAGCUGAUAUUCCUGUUGAUAUGCCCAGCAAGCCCCAAGUACCUUCCAGCGACAAGACUGUUCCAGAGCCACAUUCACAACCGAAAGAGGGAGGCGAGCCGUUCGCAGAGGAAGAGGAUUUCUCCUCCGAGUUUGGUGCUCAGGGGCAAGGACGAUUGGAGGUGACUCUCCCUGAUACUGGUUUGCCGGCUGUGCACUGGAGAAAACUUCCUGAAAACUUCCCCCUCCUUACGGGUAAUAUUAUCCCACUGCCAACUGGUAGGCCAAAGAAACUCCCGAAGCUCCAGGCUCAGUUCAAAGACGAAUCAUCCGAUGAAAAGUUCGAGCGCCUCCAGAGACUGAGCACCAUCAAGAGGGCCUUUGAGCAUGCCUGGAAUGGAUAUAAGACUCAUGCCAUGGGCCAUGAUGAACUUUAUCCCAUCAAGGGCGGAGCCCGGGAUCCAUUCAAUGGAUGGGGUGCUACGCUUGUGGAUUCGCUGGAUACCCUUUGGAUUAUGGACAUGAAGACUGAGUUUACUGCUGCGCUCGACGCGGUCAAGAAGAUCGACUUCACUACGAGUCCCCGUAAGGAUAUACCCGUUUUCGAAACGGUUAUCCGCUACCUGGGCGGUCUUCUUGGCGCAUAUGAUAUCUCUGGCCACAGGUACCAGGUCCUGCUGGAUAAAGCUGUUGAGAUAGGCGAGAUCAUAAUUGGCGCCUUUGACACGCCAAACCGGAUGCCAGUUCCCUUCUACCACUGGUCGCCUACCUAUGUAUCCCAGGCCCACCGUUCAGAUGUCCGAAUCGUUCUUGCGGAAUUGGGAUCUCUUUCUCUGGAACUGACUCGUUUGGCUCAAUUGACAAAUCAAAACAAGUACUAUGAUGCAAUUGCGCGGGUUACAAAUGAACUGGAGAUUCUGCAGAACAAGACGAAACUCCCGGGAAUGUGGCCUCUCAGGAUUGACGCUUCGGGAUGUGUAAAGAACAAGCCGGUGACUGACUAUGAACUUACGGAUGACGAUGACUCGGUGGACUCCGGGAUGACUCUUAUUCAACCAAAGGAUGUCCCGACAGACGUGGAGGGUCGCAAGACCUUCGCGGAGCGGAAGGAUGGCAGUGGUCUCCUUGCUGACGACGCCUCGCCUAUUAAGAAUGUCGAACCUCGAACUCCAAAAAACUGCAUGGAAGGCUUGAAUACUCCACUGGACACGCCGGAUACUUUCUCGAUGGGAGCUCUUGCUGACUCCACGUAUGAAUACUUACCGAAGGAAUAUAUGCUGCUAGGAGGUCUCAACGAACAGUAUCGCACAAUGUACGAGAAGGCCAUGGACACCGCUAGAAAAUAUCUCCUUUUCCGUCCUAUGGUCAAGGACGAUCGCGACCUUCGAUUUACAGCUGAUCUUACCUUGACAAAGCCGAUUGAUGAAGAGGAUCCUAAGAGCCUGUCCUACAGCUAUGAAGGAGCACAUCUUACUUGUUUUGUCGGAGGCAUGUUCGCAGUUGGCGCCAAGGUGUUUGGAAUCGACUCUGAUCUAGAUACAGCGGCCAAACUCACCGAUGGCUGUGUAUGGGCGUAUGAAUCUACGCGCACGGGAAUUAUGCCCGAGAAGAUCCAACUCCUGCCUUGUGAAAAUAACGAAACCUGUCCGUGGGAUGAAGCACUAUAUAGAAAGGCUUUAGAUCCGAACCCAGAACUAAGAGCCGGAUGGCUCCAGGAGCAAAGGCGCGAAUCUACAGUCCGAGUUCAGGAACCACCAGCGGCAAAUAGAUCUUUUGUCCCCACACCGUCACCUAGCUUCCUGCCUCUCAUUCAUAAACGCGACACGGAUCCUUCUUCGGCUGCAGUGAAAGCAGAAAGCACCCCAACUCCGAUCCCCAAGAACGUUGACGACCUUUCGGAUAGAAAUGUUGCGACGACGCCUAACCAAGCCCCCGUCAUUUCUCACGAAGAUUUCGUCGAGGCGCGUAUUGAGAAUGAACGACUUUCUUCAGGGUUUGUGAGGAUCAUUGCCCGUCAAUACGUCCUGCGUCCUGAGGCCAUCGAAUCUGUGUUCAUCAUGUUCCGCCUGACUGGCGAUAACUACUGGCGACAGAAAGGUUGGAAGAUGUUCGAGGCGGUCGAAAAGUACACGCGCACCGAACUGGCCCAUUCAGCCAUCCAGGACGUGACUGUUGAAAAGCCAGCGUUCAGGGAUGAAAUGGAAUCGUUCUGGCUUGCAGAGACAUUGAAGUACUUCUAUCUUCUCUUCAGUGAUCCAACCGUUGUCAGUCUCGACGAAUAUGUCCUCAACACCGAGGCCCACCCGCUUAAGCGUCCUGAGUAUUGA